AUGCGAGUCAAGGAUACAGACCCUGACUUGGUGAAGUCCUGUUUCAUGGUGCAGAGCUUCAAUGAGAUGGCUUGGCUCAACCAUAUGGACUUGAACUCCGUUCGGGACUAUAAGAAGGCUAUUGAGUCUUCUCGUGGUGUGGCAAAUCAGGUGCAGUUCACGGUGGACAAGAUACAAGAAAUCAGGGCUCUGAAGGAGAACCUCAAGGUGUUGGAAAAUCGGGGCAACGCUGCCGAGCAAUACAUCUACGACUUGGUGCUUGAGAAGCUGUCAUCGUGGGGAAAGGGCGAGUGGCUGGGAGCGGUUCGUUCUAGGUUCAAAGCACUCGGCGGCACAGAGGACGCUGACGAUUGA